AUGUACCGAUACAUCGAUGCUGCGUCGCGGCCCUCAAGGUGGAAAGCUGUCCAUAACACCCGACAAUCGGCAUCAUCACUUUCGAAUUUGCGGUCCUCCCGGUGCAGAACAGCUAGUGCGAUUGGCAUCACCAAGAAAAACGCCCUUUGGACCCACUUGAACUCCCCUCCAAGCAUUGCGAGUCGCAACAAGUCUACAGCUACCAGUUACGGCACCGAACAAAUACCCGACACAGACUUUUCCUACGCCAACGACACAAUGAUUUCUGACGCCGAACUUUACCGUCUCGCCAUCGUUCUCGGGUGCGCGGCCAUGGUUCUUAUUGUUCUCCACCACUUCCUCGAAACCAAUGCCGAAGAUCUCGAAACCGAUGUUGUCCAGGAGAAGAAGGCAACAAAGGUGGCAUCGGCCCCGACCAAGGCAAAAUAG